AUGGAGGAAGUCUACGUCUUCGGCGAUCAGACGGCUGACUGCCGGGCGUUCUUCACCAAGGUAUUUGCCCGGAAAGACGAUGUAUUGCUGCAGAGUUUCCUGGAACGAGCUGGUGAAGCCGUCAGAGUCGAAAACAAAACCCGAUCCCAUCCCUCCAACGCAGUCCCUAAUUUCUCCAGCGUCCAAGACCUAGUCGAUCGUUAUUACGGAGGAGAUGCGAAGGACGCUGCAGUUGAGAGUGCCCUUGUUUGUAUAUCACAGUUCUCUCAUUUCAUUGGCGCUUUUGAGGAACGACGACCUUCUUAUAUUCAGCCUAAUACAGACGCACGUUUGGUCGGUCUCUGCACUGGUCUAAUUGCUGCGGCCGCAAUCGCUUCUUCGGAUUCCCUCACCGCUCUCGUUCCCUUGGCAGUUGAAGCCGUCCGGAUCGCCUUCAGAGCUGGUGCCCACGUGGGAAGAGUUGCACAGCAGAUUGAGGGUGAAUCCAAGCCUCAGUCAUGGUCGACCAUUGUGGCUGCGGACGAGAAAUCCGCGCAGGCGGCACUGGACGCCUUUCACAAGGAGAAGAGUACAGCUCCGACAAACAGGCUGUGGAUCAGUGCAUCUUCAGCAACCUCAGUCACCAUCAGCGGUCCGCCGUCGACGAAGGCCAGCCUCUUUGAAGAUUCAGAGUUCUUCCGGACACAGAAAAAUGCCUCAGUCUCGAUAUUUGCGCCUUAUCACGCCUCACACUUACACUCUCCGUCGGAUUUGGAGAAGAUCUUGCGACCACAGACAAAGACAAUCUUUGGUAAUACCACUGUCCAAUUUCCUGUCUGUUCAAGUGUGACUGGCCAGCCUAUUCCGGCCGAAAAUGGCUUUGAACUCCUGCAGGGUGCUUUGAAAGAGAUCGUCAUCGAGCCCUUGAGGUGGGACAAGGUGCUCAAGUACUGUGCGUCUGGCAAGGCGUCCGAAGCCAAGGUCUUUGCUGUCGGCCCGACAAAUCUUGCAAGCAGUGUCGUAUCUGCUCUCAAAGCGUCAACACCGAAGGUCACCCUCGAAGACCAUUCAGGCUGGAGCACAGUCCCCGCCCGGGGCACUCGUGACACGAAACGACUAGCCGACAUUGCCAUCGUUGGCUACGCAGGCCGGUUCCCAGAUGCCGCAGACAGCGAGCUCUUCUGGCAGCUGCUGGAGAAGGGCUUGGAUGUUCAUCGACCGGUGCCUGCCGAUCGCUUUCCCGUGGAGACUCACACUGAUCCGAGUGCGAAGAAGAAGAACACGUCUCAUACACCAUUUGGCAACUUCAUUGAGAAACCUGGUCUUUUCGAUGCUCGAUUCUUCAACAUGUCACCCAGAGAAGCAACCCAGACUGAUCCCAUGCAACGACUGAUGUUGACGACGGGUUAUGAGGCAAUGGAGAUGGCUGGCAUCGUUCCGGGCAGAACCCCUUCCACCAAGCACGACAGAAUUGGUACUUUCUACGGUCAGACCUCCGAUGACUGGCGAGAGGUCAACGCCGCUCAAGAUAUCGACACGUACUUCAUCUCGGGCGGAGUGCGCGCCUUCGGCCCAGGCCGCAUCAACUACUUUUUCAAGUUUUCAGGACCGAGCUUUUCGGUUGACACAGCCUGCUCGUCCAGCUUUGCUGCCAUGAAUGUUGCUAUCACAUCACUCAGAGCUAACGAGUGUGACACUGCCUUCACGGGCGGUGCCAAUGUGCUCACGAAUUCCGACAUUUUCUCCGGGUUGAGCAGAGGCCACUUCCUGUCAAAGACUGGGUCUUGCAAGACGUGGGACAAUGAUGCCGAUGGCUACUGCCGUGGCGAUGGUGUCUGUACCGUCAUCAUGAAGCGUUUGGAUGAUGCUAUUGCGGACCGCGAUCCAAUUUUGGGUGUCAUUCGCGGUAUCGGUACCAAUCACUCCGCAGAGGCCGUCUCGAUUACACAUCCGUGUGCGGAGAAUCAGGCCUUUUUGUUCGACAAGGUGCUCAGAGAAUGCAACGUUCACAGCAAUGAUGUGAACUAUGUUGAAAUGCACGGCACUGGUACUCAGGCUGGAGACGGGAUUGAAAUGGAGUCAGUAUCGUCCGUCUUUGCACCACGCCAACCGCGGAGACGCCCUGAUCAACCCUUGUACAUUGGAGCGGUCAAAUCCAACAUCGGUCAUGGUGAAGCUGUUUCUGGCGUAUCAGCCCUGAUCAAGGUGCUUUUGAUGCUGCAGAAGAGCAAGAUCCCACCCCACACUGGCAUCAAGAAACAGAUCAACAAAACCUUUGCACCUGAUCUGAAAGAGCGCAAUGUCAAUAUCGCCUUCCAACCGACUCCUUUCCCACGCCCGGUAGGUGGCAAGCGUAUUGUGUUCAUCAACAACUUUAGUGCAGCUGGUGGUAACACAGCAAUGCUUUUGGAGGAUGGUCCCGAGGUACCGCCUGAGCCCUCUUCAGAUCCUCGAUCAACCCACGUGGUGACAGUGUCGGCAAAAUCCUUGUCUGCUUUCAAGCGGACUUUGGCCAAGUACGAUGCAUAUCUCAAUGCCAACCCGAAUGUCGGCCUACCAGAUCUCGCAUACACCGUGACUGCUCGCCGAGCACAUUACAGCUACCGUGCAGCGUUCCCGGUACAGUCAAUCCCUCAGUUGCAUGCAUCGCUGAAGGCCAUUCAUGACCAACCCCACAACCCUAUUCCUCUCGCCUCUCCUCAGGUGGCAAUGGCUUUCACGGGGCAAGGCUCUCAAUAUUCUGGGAUGGGUCAAAAGAUGUUUGAGACCUCCAAGCAGUUCCGCGGCGACAUUGAACAAUUCAAUGAGAUUGCUCUCAGACAGGGUCUCCCAUCUAUCAUGCCUCUGAUCGACGGGUCCGUCGAGGUCCAGCAUCUGCCACCCACGGUCGUCCAACUCGGCAUGUGUUGCAUCCAAAUGGCAUUGACUCGCCUUUGGGCUUCGUGGGGAAUCACUCCCAGUGUCGUCAUUGGCCACUCCUUGGGCGAAUACGCUGCGCUCCAAGCAGCUGGUGUACUGUCGAUCGCAGAUACCAUCUACUUGGUCGGCACUCGAGCUCAACUUCUAGAGCAGAAGUGCACUGCUGGUACUCACGCCAUGCUUGCUGUCAGAUCACCAGUCGCCGGGUUGCAGGAUGUCGUCGCCAACAGCCAGGGCAAGAUCGAGAUUGCUUGUAUCAAUGGCGUCUCGGAUACCGUCCUUUCCGGCACCAUGGCCGACAUUGAUGUGGUCGCUCAGAAGUUGGCUGAUGCCGGCCAGAAGUGCACCAAGCUGAAGCUACCAUUCGCUUUCCACUCAUCCCAGGUUGAUCCCAUCUUGGCUGACUUCGAGAAGCUGGCAUCUUCAGUCAAAUACCACGCACCUCGCGUCCCGGUGAUUUCCCCUCUGCUAAGUGACGUUGUGAGUGUGGGUGGUGUCUUCGACGCAUUCUAUCUCAGCCGGCAUUGCCGAAAGACAGUUGACUUUGUCGGCGGUCUGUCUGCCGGCAUGUCAACUGCCACCAUUAGCGACACUUCUCUUUGGCUGGAAGUCGGUGGCCAUCCACUUUGCGCAAGCAUGAUCAAAUCCUGCUUGUCCGCUCCCACUUUGGCUACCAUGCGUCGGGACGAAGAUCCAUGGAAAAUCAUUUCCUCUUCUAUGGCUGGUCUCUACACUGCUGGGAAGCCUUUGAACUGGGAUGCAUUCCACAAAGAGAAUGAAUCACUUCGUGUCCUGAACGACCUUCCUUGCUACGGGUUCGAGGAGAAGAACUACUGGUUGCAAUACACUGGCGAUUGGCUCCUGUACAAGGGUGACUAUCCUAAGGCUAUUGCACCUGCCCCAGCUGCAGCCACGCCAAGUGGACCGGCAAAGGCGAGGAAAUACCUCUCCUCCUCCGUACAAGGGAUUGUCUCCGAGCAAGUCAAGGGCAACACUGUGACCAUCAUUGCAGAGUCCGAUUUUGCGAACCCCAAGUUGUUCCCUGUCAUUGCUGGUCAUCUCGUCAAUGGCAGCGGUCUCUGCCCAUCCACUCUCUACGCCGACAUGGCGUACACAUUGGUUAACUACGGUGUUGGCCUCUUGAAGCCCGGUGAGAAGGUCGACAUCAACAUCGGCACAAUGGACAACCCAGCCCCGCUUCUUCUGAAAAACAUCCGCGAACCAGAGACACAAAUUGUUCGUAUGUCAAUGAAAAUUGACUUGGAUGCGAGAAAAGCCGAUUUCACCGUCACGAGCAACAAUGGCAAGAAGGAUGUUGUCCAUGCCAAGUGUGUCAUUGUGUUUGAAGAUGCUGCUGCCUGGAAGGAGGAGUGGAACAAGACCUCUUACCUCAUCCAGUCGAGAAUUGACCUUUUGAAGCACAAGAUGGAGAACGGUGAAGCUGACAAAGUCAGCCGUGCAAUGGCCUACAAACUCUUUGGUGCCUUGGUCGAUUACUCUGAUGUCUUCCAAGGCAUGCAGAGUGUUGUCUUCGAUGGCCCCGAAUAUGAGGCAACAAGCUACAUCAAAUUUCGGGCCGGUCCCAAUGACGGUGACUUCUAUUUCAGCCCAUAUUUCAUCGACAGUGCUUGCCAUCUCUCUGGUUUCACCGUCAAUGCUACUGUCAACCCGCAGGCUGAGUGCUUCAUUUCUCAUGGUUGGAGCAGCCUUCGAUUCAUUGAGCCGCUACAGCACGACAAGCAAUACUACGCCUACGUCAAAAUGCAACCAGUGGGAGGUGGCAAGAUGAGAGCAGGCGAUGUCUAUGUGUUCAAUGCCAACAAAGAAGUCGUUGGUCUUGCUGGUGGCGUUCGCUUCCAGUGCAUCCCGCGCAAACUCAUGGAUGUGAUGAUGCCCAAGCCCAAGGCAGAUGCCAAAGCUGCUUCGGCAUCUGCUGCCCCGAAACCUGCUAUGAAAGCCCCAAGCCCGUCCUUUGCUGCGGCUCCUGCUUCCGUGGAACUACCCGCACCGAAGGCAAAGGCCAAGAAGCCAGUCAAGGCUGUAAAGAUCAAGGCUCCCGCGCCACCGAAGCCGGUGUCUUCUGGCAGUCUUGCCAACCGUGCCUUUGAUAUUAUCGCGAGGGAAAUUGAUGUCGACCAAGCCGAACUCAAUGACGACAUUCAAUGGGCCGACAUGGGCGUUGACAGCUUGAUGUCUCUAACCAUUUCGGGCAAAUUCAGGGAAGACCUUGAUUUGGAGGUCGAAAGCACUUUGUUCACCGACUUUGCCUCGGUUGGAGCCCUUCGAAAGCAUCUUGGUGGCAUGAAUGCACCCGAGAUUUCCACCGGCGGCGAUACGAGCUCAGUUGAUUCGACGGACUCGGGCUCGGAGAGCGACGACGACACAGUUGAGUCUGGCAUCACCACCCCUGAUACGGAGGACUUUCCCGCCAAAACCCAAGAUCAUGGCAAGUCCGUGGCGGUCGAAGCAGUCGCCCAAGCACCGUCUGGUCAGGGCCAGGACAUGAUUGAGACCAUCCGUGUGGUCAUUGCCCAAGAAAUGGAGAUGGACCUGAUCGAGAUCACGGAUACCACUGACCUCAGCAAUUUGGGCAUGGAUUCUUUGAUGGCUCUGACUGUCCUUGGAAAGCUCCGAGAAGAACACGAGAUUGAUCUGGAUCCGACGAUUUUGGCUGAUAACCCAACCCUGUCACACCUUCGAAAGGCUCUGGGCCUUGAGGCUCCGAAACCUGCACCAGCGCCCGCUCAGAAGCACGAAGUCAAGGCUAGCGUUGUCGUUGCCCCUGCUGCACCUCCAGUUGAGGUUGUGGUCCAAAUGCCACCCGCCACCUCUGUCUUGCUCCAGGGCAAUCCCAAAACUGCCACCAAGAACUUGUUCCUGUUCCCUGAUGGUUCCGGAUCUGCGACAUCCUACGUGUCGAUUCCAGCCAUCGACAGCAAGAACCUCGCUGUCUACGGGCUGAAUUGCCCGUUCAUGAAGGACCCUACCAGUUACACCUGCGGCAUUGAGGGAGUUUCGAAGCUUUAUCUGGAGGAAGUAAUGCGCCGCCAGCCUAACGGCCCUUAUAUCUUUGGUGGCUGGUCCGCCGGUGGUGUGGUUGCCUACGAAGUCACGCGACAGCUCAGUGACUUGUCCAAACUCUACCCCGACAGAAAUUACACGGUCGAGAAGUUGAUUCUCAUUGACUCGCCUUGCCCCAUCCGACUUGAACCCCUGCCCGCCCGCCUCCACCACUUCUUUGAUGAGAUUGGUCUGUUAGGCACCGGCACCGGCAAGACGCCGAACUGGUUGUUGCCUCACUUUGAGUACAGCAUCAAAGCGUUGACAGCAUACCGCCCGGAGUUGAAGUCUACACGUGACUUCCAAGCACCUCCGACCCUUCUCAUCUGGGCCACUGAUGGUGUCUGCGGCAAGCCCGGUGACCCGCGACCACCGCCUCAGGCGGAUGACCCAAAGAGCAUGAAGUGGCUCUUGGAGAACCGCACAGAUUUUGGGCCUAAUGGAUGGGACAAACUUCUCAGCCCCGAAGCAUGUAAGACGGUUACCGUUGUUGGCAACCACUUCACGAUGAUGAAACCACCUGUGGUAAGUUGA